AUGCCUUAUUCGCUCAAGGGAAGAAACGUGCUAGUGACGGGUGGCUCCAGAGGCCUCGGAGCUCUGAUCUGCAAGAAGUUCGCCGAAGAGGGAGCCAAUGUCGCUAUCAACUAUGUCUCCAAUGCAGACGCUGCUCAGAAAGUAGCUGAUUCCUUGAAAGAAUAUCCCGUCAAGACAUUUGUCAUUCAAGGUGAUGCCGGGAAGAGGGAAGAUAAUGUUCGUCUUGUCCAAGAAACCGUUAAGAACCUGGGCGGACUCGAUAUCAUCAUUGCGAAUGCCGGCUGGACCAAGAUGUCUAAAUUUAGCGAUAUCCAUGCCCUGAAUGAUGAAGAGUGGAACAAGUGUUGGGCUGUCAACGUCAUGUCUCACCUGCAAUUGGUUCAAGAAGCAGCGCCCAUCUUUAACGCCAAUCCCGAGGGCGGUGUUUACUUGAUUACUUCUUCUGUUGCGGGCACCACCCAAGCAGGUAGCAGCAUGGCCUACUCAGUCACAAAGGCUGCUGGUCUACAUCUCAUGAAGAACCUCGCAUACACGCAAGGGCCCAAGAUUCGAAUCAACGCUAUUCUUCCCGGUCUGCUGCUGACUGAAUGGGGACAACAAUUCGGAGGAGCCAACAUCGAAAUGAUAAAAUCAGUAUCUACAUUAAGGCGCGAGACUGAUCUCGACGAUUGCGCCGAUCUUUUUAUCACAGCGGCUAAGAAUAGCUCCAUGACUGGCCAACAAAUUGCGAUUGGUACGUCUCUCUGGUAUUAG